GCGAGAAUAAACAUUUCCCCGCUUCUCAUUUUUCGUUUUUUUCUUUAAUAAUGUUUUCCAUUUUAUAUAUAGCUCCUAUAUUUCCCCCCUUCUUACGUCAAUCGAAUCGAAACCCCUCAAGUUUUGUUCCAAUUUGUCUAAAUCGGUGAAAAAGAUUAACAAUGCCUGCAAUUGCCGAUCGCAGUUCGUCUCCUUUCAAGGCAAUGUUGGCAGCCAAGAGCUGCGAGCUGGCUGGAUCCGGCGGCUGCUGCACUCCUCAGAAACGGAGGUUAAGGUCCGAUACGGCAUUGGCGGCCAAAGAGAGUCCGGUUUCAACGCCUAUGAAACUCAAAUCGCCACGACGUCGUCUAGAUUCAAGUCCAAGCAGCCCUGCAAAUAGAAUUAAGAAAGAUCCGAGUGAAAAAACAUUGAAGAAAUGUUGGAAUCCGAGAGAUGUUGAGCAAAUGAGGGCUGUGAAGGAGGCUGUACAUGUUUCAACAGCUCCAUCAACUGUUGUGUGCCGAGAAGAUGAGCAAAAAAGGGUUUUGGAUUUUUGCAAGGCAUGUGUCCAACAAGAGAAAGCUGGGAGCUUGUAUGUAUGUGGAUGCCCUGGGACUGGGAAAUCAUUAUCAAUGGAGUUGGUAAAACAGCAAGUUAUUGAUUGGGCGAAAAUGGAAGGUUUGCAGUCACCUGAAGUAUUAGCAAUGAAUUGCACUUCUUUGGCAAACACUUCAGUGAUUUUCAGUAAGAUUCUCGGCAUGCACCAACCAAAGAAGAAAAGCAUAGGCUCAACAUCACCUUUGCAGCAUUUGCAGAAUCUGUAUUCUAACAAGCAGGCAGAAUCUAGCUCAAAGAUGAUGUUAAUUAUUGCUGAUGAGUUGGAUUAUUUGAUUACAAGGGACAGGGCAGUACUUCAUGAUCUUUUCAUGCUUACAACUUUUCCGUUCUCAAGAUGUAUAUUGAUAGGAAUAGCAAAUUCCAUUGAUCUAGCAGAUAGGUUUCUUCCAAGACUCCAGUCAUUGAACUGCAAGCCUAUGGUUGUAACUUUCCGUGCUUACUCUAAAGAUCAAAUCCUUUCAAUACUUCAGGAGAGGCUCUUGGUACUUCCGUAUAUUGUCUUCCACCAGCAAGCAUUAGAACUUUGUGCCAGAAAAGUAGCAGCUGCAUCUGGGGAUAUGAGGAAAGCUCUUUCUGUUUGUAGGAGUGCGGUGGAAAUUCUUGAAGCAGAAUUAAGGGAAUCUGCAAGCAACACUGGUUUGACAUCAGCAGAGGGGGAUUUCGUCAGUCCACAGACAGCCCUCGCUCAUGAAGUGUUCCCAUCACAAGAAAAUAAUACAGUGAGGAUUGAUCAUAUGGCUCUUGCGUUGUCAAAGACAUUCAGAUCACCUAUAGUCGACACUAUACAGUCUCUUCCUCAGCAUCAACAAAUCAUACUUUGCUCUGCUGUGAAGUACUUCCGUGGUGGGAAGAAGGAUACAACUGUUGGGGAGCUGAAUAAAUCUUACAUUGACAUUUGUAAAUCAGCAUUGAUCCCGCCAGUUGGAAUUUUGGAAUUCUCAAGCAUGUGCAGAGUGUUAAAUGACCAGGGGCUCUUCAAAUUAGGUCAGUCUCGUGAUGAUAAGUUCAAGAGAGUAACACUAAAAGUUGAUGGAGCCGACAUCUCCUUUGCUUUGCAGGGAGUUCGUUUGUUUAGGAAUUGUCUUCAGUAAUACUGCAUUACUUGUAAUAGCUUGAUAUGUGGGCUGUUUCCAAUCUUCAGCUUUCCUGCUCAAUUCAUGACUUAAAGGCGUGGUAUUCCUGGGCGGUGGGCAGGUUAAGUCUGCUUCAGUAUUGCAACACCUUGAGGAUGGGAAUGGCAAGGUGGAACUAUUGGCUAUUCGGCCACUAUUUCUUCCAGCAGAACUUGCAAUUGUUACCAAUUUGACACCAAUUGUAAAUUUCAAACAUAUUUAUUUAUUUUUGUGCAAGAAUUCAUUUAUUUUUUUCCUCUACUUGAUGCCUGAUGGGAUUCUUGUGUAAUAUUGGUUCUUUAUAUAUAUAUAUAAAAUAAACAUAUAUUGUAAGUUAUUAAAAGAAAUGAAAUUGAUGUAGCAAAGGAAAUAGUUAAUAUCAAAUGUAGAAUGCCUACAAAUAAACUAAAAAGUUAAUACUAGAACUUACUAUAAUAUUCAAUCACUCAAUAGUGGAGCAUGGAAGGCAAAGCCUACUUCAUUAUUUAUUUCCAAAUUCAACUCUCUGCAUCUACUAUUACUAUUACUAAUGAUACUACUGCUUUCUCCUCCAAUUGCCAAACUCAGUGACUAUUAUUUAGUCAAACAGACCAGCAACAAGGUCUUCAUCUGACUCCUCUUCCUCCUCCUUGGCUGGCUCGCUCUGCUCUGCUUUCUCUUCCUUGGCUGAAGUUGCUGG